AAAAAAAAAAAAGAAAAAAAGGUCAAUCAUGGUUGAUCUUCAGCUAUGGAGCCAUUACAGGAUAAACCACAGGAAAGGAGACGUACUUUACCUGCAUGGAUGGUUAGCCAGCCUGAGAAGAAAAAUCAUUAUAGCCACAAACGUGGUCUUUUGAAAUCUGCUGGUCCUCCAAAAAAGCAGAACAAAAGAAGCAUUGUGUACUGUAUGAAUGAAGAAGAGCUGGUCAACACUGCUCUCAGUAUUCUUGGCAAGAGACAGUUAAAUGAACUGGAACGUCAGAAUUCUGAAGACGUAAACCUAGGAAGAAAAUCAUCUGCAUGUGAAGUAAACAGCCCAUUCUGUGAUUCAGAAUCUCAGACCUCCAUUAUUCUCAAGGACGCUCAUGAUGAAGCUUCAAAAACAAACAGCCCUUUAAAAUCAUUUCAGAAACUGGAUCAGCCAGAUGGAGCUCAAAAGAUGGACAUGUCUCAGGAGAUAUUAGCUGCACAGAGUAGCUCCCAUUCACCUCCAUGUAAAUUUAAUACUGAAAGGAGCAGGUCAGUCUCUGCAUAUCCAGUGGAAGAAGUAGAAGAGGAGGAUGCUUUUAAACUUGUUCGUGAAAUAUUCUUCACCCCUCGGGACAAAACAAUAGUAUAUAAAAGCUAGUUUAGUUAGGUUCUUUAUUUAUUUUAAAGUAUGCUUUUUUUUUUACAUAAUGUAAGAUUUCUUUUUCACUUUAUUUGAACAGCAGACAAAAUCUUGAGAUUUAAAAGUUGCAAAGUUACAUUUGAUGGUGAGUAUUUUAAAUAUUGGUUAUACAUGUGACAUUUUAUACAUCAAAGUCCUUUAGGUUUGCAGUAUAUUUGGUGCAAGAGCUUAAACAAAAACAAGUUAUUUGGUAAUAAAGACAUGCUGAAUAUAAA